AUGACGAAACCUCAUGUGCGAUCAACGUCCACUACGUUGUCGUCACAACUGUACACAGACAUGCGAUCAAAAGAUUACAGACAACGCAGAAUAUGCUCUAAAUGUCGAACGACAAGGCGGUCAAUGAAGAUGUUGUCGUUGAGAAUUGGGAAAAUCGAAGCGUUGGUCGAUGUUUUGACCAAGACAAUGCAACAAAUUGCUAAUCUCACAGAGAGUGAAGCAACCUAUAGCUCAUCAUUCUCGAAUUUACUUGUUAAAUAUAGGAAAACUGACAGUGCGUCAGUCUUUCUGAGCAAUCAUAUUGAUGAAUUAAAAAACUUGGUAAAAAUGACGAGCAAUUGUGAGAAUCCUCUUGAUGCAGUGGAUAAAUAA